AUGCCUGCUCGCAAGCGCGCGGCAGAGAAUGCCGUCACAGAAGAUGCCAGGAGUUCACGGCGCCGGUCGGGCCGAGUCUCCAACACGCCGAAAAAGAGCUCGUACUGGGAAGGCUCGGACGACGAGGAAAACGAGAGCGACGACGAGAAGCCCGUGAAGAAGAGGGCGAGGGUUUCCAACGGCGGCCGCAGCGCGAGUGCCGUAAAGAAGAAGCAAAAGGAAGAGAGCGACGAGGACGAGUAUACGGCAGAGGCGCAGCUUGCGGCGGAGGCAGAGGAGGAUGACGACGACGACGACGAAGAGGCGGACGAGGAUGAUGAAAAUAGGCAAAUGAAAGUCACAAUCGUGCCACUGGAGCAGAUGAGAGACGAAGGCGGCGUGCCGUACGAGGAUCACAAGGUACACAAGAACACGAUGCUGUUCCUCAAGGAUCUCAAGGCAAACAACCGACGGCCGUGGCUGAAAUCACACGACGGCGAGUACCGACGCGCCUUCAAGGACUGGCAGACCUUUGUCGACGCCACCACCCAGACCGUCGCCUCCUUCGACGCCACCGUCCCCGAGCUGCCCUCCAAGGACGUCGUCUUCCGCAUCUACCGCGACACGCGCUUCAGCAAGGACCCGACGCCGUACAAGCCGCACUUCUCCGCCGCCUGGUCGCGCACCGGCCGCAAGGGGCCCUACGCGUGCUACUACAUCCACGUCGAGCCCGGCGGCCGCUCCUUUGUCGGCGGCGGGCUGUGGCACCCCGAGGCCGGCCACGUGCACAAGAUGCGCCGCAGCAUCGACCGCCACCCGGAGCGCUGGCGCGCCGUGCUCGGCGACGAGACGUUUCGGCGCGUCUUCUUCCCGCAGGUGAAGAAGACCGCCGGAGGCGCCGAGGCGGUGGUCAAGGCGUUUGUGGGCAAGAAUCAGAUGAAUGCGCUGAAAAAGAAGCCAAUGGGAUACGAUGUGACGCAUCGCGAUAUUGCACUGCUCAAGCUCAAGAAUUACACGGUUGGUACUUCGAUUGAUGAGGAUAUACUGUGUAGGGACGACGCGCAGGAAAAGAUUGGCGAGUAUAUCCGCGCCAUGGAAGGAUAUAUUACAUUUGUCAAUAGCAUCGUCAUGCCGGAUCCUGGGCUUGACGAGAGCGACAGCGACGAGGACGAGGACGAGGACGAGGAAGAAAACGACGACUGA